CGGCUCUUCCCACCCCGCGCUGCCAUCCAUGCGGCUUCUGAGCUCGCACACCCUCCAGGUUGGGAGCCGGCGCUGAGCAGAGGGAUGGGCAGUGCCAGCCCCGGGCUGACCGCUCUGCCCCCCGGCCGCCUCGCCUGGCCGGACCCCGCGCUGCUGCCGCCCCCGCGGGACCCCGACCCCCGCAGCUGGGGCUGCCCGGAGAGCCCCAGCCCCCCCAGCACCCCCGAGCAGCCCCUGCCAGCCUUCUGCCUGCACUACUUCGACAUGCUCUACCCGGAGGACACGGCCUGGGCCACCAAGGGCGCCGGGGAGCUGGCCCCGAGCAGCGGGCAGGGCGGGCGGGAGGAGGCGCGGAAGGAGCCGGAGCAAUGUCCCAUCAUCGACAGCCAGGGGCUGGGGCUGCGGCCCGAGGGGGAGCUGCAGGACAGCCUGCACCUGGAGGAGCACUCGCUGGAGCAGGUGCAGAGCAUGGUGGUGGGCGAGGUGCUGAAGGACAUCGAGACGGCCUGCAAGCUGCUCAACAUUGCCGCAGACCCCAUGGACUGGAGCCCCGGGAAUGUGCAGAAGUGGAUCCUGUGGACGGAGCACCAGUACCGGCUGCCGCAGAUCGGGAAGUCCUUCCAGGAGCUCUCGGGAAAGGACCUGUGCGCCAUGUCCGAGGAGCAGUUCUGCCAGCGCUCGCCCGCCUGCGGGGACAUCCUGCACGCCCACCUCGACAUCUGGAAGUCCGCCGCCUGGAUGAAGGAGAAGGCUGCCCCGGGAGAUGUGAGAUACUGCGGAGGUGACACCGGCUGGGCCGACAGCGAGGUGGACUCGUCCUGUGCCGGCCAACCCAUCCACCUCUGGCAGUUCCUCAAGGAGCUGCUGCUGAAACCGCACAACUACGGGCGCUUCAUCCGCUGGCUCAACAAGGACAAAGGCAUCUUCAAGAUCGAGGACUCGGCGCAGGUGGCCCGGCUGUGGGGCAUCCGCAAGAACCGCCCGGCCAUGAACUACGACAAGCUGAGCCGCUCCAUCCGGCAGUACUACAAGAAAGGAAUCAUCCGCAAGCCCGACAUCUCCCAGCGCCUCGUCUACCAGUUCGUGCACCCGGUGUGAGCGGCGGCGGGACCGGCUGAGCGCCGGGAGGGACCGGGGGACCUUGGCUGCCUCCCUCUGCCCCAGCCACAGAGAGCCUCUGCCAGCAGCCAGGACCUCGGCUGCGGUGCGAGGCUUCCCCUGCCAGGACCUGCUGGCAUCGGACACAAGGACCUCCUCACCUCCAGCAGGCCCUGGUGCAGGGCAAGGACCGUGCAGAGCCCUGGCUCCCCACGGGAAGGGUGGGCACGGUGGCUGGGCUUGUCCCAAAUCCUCUCCUCCUUCCCAGGUUCUGGCUGUAGGUGGCUUCACCCCAGCCAUUGUUCAGGGAGGGAAAGUCUGGGGCGUGAACUGACACAAUGGCACCCGCAGGGACAGGGACACCCACAGGGACACCCACAGGGACACCCACAGGGACAGGGACACCCACUGCUGCUCAUGGUGGGCUCCUGUCCCAAUCCCUGUGGGAGCAGCCUGGCACCAGCCAAGGGUGCUGCCUGCCAUGGGAGCUGUGCCAAUGGGACCUUGGGCACCCCCUUGGCACAGGUGCAUCCCCCCUUUGCUUUUCACUGCAGGACAUGCUCAGCUGCUCCCCUUCACAGGGAUUCGGUUCUGCAAAGGGAGCAGCUGUGAAUGUGGGUGUGGGGCUGUGCACAACGGGGGUCCCCCAAGUUGGGUCCCCCCAUCCUUGUGCACAGGGCCACCAGAGUCCUCCUAAGACCCCAAGUUCUGUGCCCUGGCACAAAGCUCUUCCCUGGAUUUGGAUUUUACUUGGACUGCCUGAUUCUGGAGUUUGGGGGAAUGGAGAUGGCAGCUUUGCCAUUUCCCUCUGGACAAUAAAACCAGAUGUGAUCCGCCGAGGCUGGACUGGGGCAGAGAGCUGGGAAUUGCUUCACCUGCUCAUUGCACCAGAGUCAGAGUUAUCUGGCAAUGUUGAUCUUUUAUAUUAUAGGGGGUUUUAUUUGGUUAUUUGCUUUUCAGUUUUGGCUGCUGAUGACUUGUGGUUUAGGUUCAAAUGCCGAGGGUGGCCCGGGCUUCCAGGGAUGUUCUGUGGGAGCUUAAAAGGAAAAACAUCUGG